AUACAAGUUGUUAUUGGUGAAAUUAUCCCAUAAUAAAUUAUACUUCAAAUUUUAGUUACUUUUUAGUGACUAGUACGAAGAAAUUAUCGUCAUGCUCAUUAAGAAAAUUAUAUUCUUCCUUAAUUCUAUUUUUCAAUGAGGAAAAAUAAUAGAGUAAAAAGAUGAUUAAAUAGUAUGAGGAAAAAGAUUAAAGUUUUUAAAUUACGUACUUUACUUUUCUAAUUUUUAGAUUUAUAUAACAGAUGUAGGUGGCAACAUGUCCAAAAUGGCGACACCCUUGGAAAGUGAUAUUUUUAGAUGAGGCAAUUAUUAUUUUUUACAUUUCGUUAAAGUAACAUAUUUUCAACAUUCAAAUUUAACAUGAGGAAACAAAUGUGGAGAAUUGGAAAAAAUUUGUUUUUAUUUCAAAAUCCUAACAUCAGAUACUCACAUAUAACUGCAAUCAAGAAAGCAGCAGAAACAUCUGUAGUUUCACAAAAUUCGUUAGUGGAUCCUGUAGAUUUUCAAAUACUUCAAGAUGAAAAUAAUACUUCAGAAAAUGCACCGUAUAUAAAUCCUCUUUCUUCAAAAGUUGACGGAGAAUAUAUAGAUCUGAUAGCACCACCUUUAGGAAAGGCAUUAUGUCUUGCAGCAUUCGUAAAUCAUUCAAAAACUCUUCAGAAAUUACUUGCAUUAGGAGUAGAUUUGUCUAAAGUCGAAAAAACGGGAUGUGCAGAAUUCUUAUUACGAUCAAAUUUUGAGAAAGAUUUGAAGAAACACAUUUUCUUUCUUCAUGAAAUUGGUGUGUACCCUAAAGAAAUGGGAAGGUUCCUAUCAGCAAAUCCUCUGAUAUUUCAAGAAUCCAUAGAUAAUCUAAAAGUCCGAAUUGAUUAUUUGAAAUCUAAGAAAUUCAACAGAGAAGCUAUUUCUCAAAUCAUAAAUACUGCACCCAAAUUUUUAAUGCUGGAUACACUUAAAAUGGACCAACAGCUUGGGUUUAUACAAAAUAUGUUUUCUUUGAAUGGAAAAGAAGUUAGAACUGUUACCACCAGAGAACCUAGAUUAGUAUUAAAGGAACCAUUCAAAAUAAAAGAAAAUAAUUUUGUCAUUAAGGAAGAAAUGGGUUUUGAUGACUUUGAAAUAAAACAGUUAGUUCUAGAGGCACCAAAAUUAUGGCUUAUUCAAAGAAAAAGUUUACUCGAAAGGUUUGAUUAUAUUCAUAAUUCCAUGUGCAUUCCUCAUUCGCAGAUUGUAUUAUAUCCUCACGUUCUAUUUUUUCGACUCUUCAAUAUAAGAGAACGUCACUUGUAUCUCCGACAUCUCGGUCGCGCACAAUACGAUCCGAGAAAGCCUGGUUAUGUGUCUUUACAGUUAUUUACGGCCAACACGGAUCAAGAGUUUUGUGAAAAAGCAGCUUGUACAUAUACAGAAGAUUUUAAUAAAUUUCUUAAAACACUUUAAAAA